AUGAUGGAUAGAUGGUCUACAGGUACUGCGUGUGCCAUCAGCAUUUCAUUUUCUCUUACAGUAAUUGCGUUAGCUGUUCUGGACACAGUAACUGGACAUUCACAGCAAAUAUUCCUGAAGAAAGGAAAGGAAGCUACUGUUAAUCAAUCAACUUUCUGCUCGCGGCAGUGCUCAAAAAUCUCAUCUUUUGAAUUGCGCAACUUGCAAAUCUUGUCUCCGGAAGAGAGACAAAUUCAGAUGCUUCACAAUGAUAUACCUUUGGAUACCAAUCUUCGUAUUAACUAUUAUGAUGUUGAGAUGGAAGGAAUGAAACCAGCAUUCUGUGGUGACUACUUUGCUCUUGAGAUGCCUAUAUAUUCUAUAAAAGAAUCGAAAUCAAACGAUAUUCAAUUCCUUCACAAACUUUAUUUCCAAAACUACCGAGAUGUGUAUACGCAUAGCAUGUGCAAUCAAGAAUGUGUUUUUGGUUGUCGCCAAUUCUGUUCAUUGGAUGUUCUUUAUCUGUACAAUACAAUACAGCUCCGUUUCCUUGCAGAGGAGUACUCACAGAAAUGUUUGCGAAAUGACCUUUUUUUAUUAGCUGAAAUUUAUCAUGAAAUUUCGCGUACAUUCUUGGGUCUUCAUCGCUGUUGUGAUCGUUGCAUUCAUCAUCCUCCUGAUCCUCAUUACAUGUUUCACGAGGAGUAA